GUUGCUUCACUCAGCCCAGGGUAGCUGAGCUGAGCCUAGAUGUCAAGAUAAGAUAAGAGCUUCGGAAAAGAUAAGAUAACGACACCUGUCGGAGGCAUUUUUCACCCGUCAUUGGUGAAUUUUCGCCCGCCGCGUAUCAAUUUCUACAAACCACGCGUAAAGUGGCAUUUAUUGCGGCGGCACUGCCUCGGUAUUGUCCUUUUGUUGAUCUCACAGGUUGCUAAGAGACUGUUCUUGUCGUCAUGUCUUCUGAUGAGGGGUCCCAAAAUGCCUUGCCGAAGGAGCUCAUGGAGCUCCAAUUAGGUCAAAUUGACCUCCUCAUGGCAAUGUAUGCAUCGGAUGAUGCGAUAGCCAUGGACUCUGCGGCGUCUGCUCUGAUUGAGAGGCUGAGGGACUGGUGCGCAAAUGACGGGGAAGCCGCACCCAAGUUUUCAGAGACAGUUGUAAACCUCCAGCUUAGGGUCGAUAUUGAAGAUGAGGAUUCUUCAACAAGGACUUUACAACUCACAUUGACAGUGCCUUUGACGUGCCAAAAAGAAGAAGGAUUAACAGAACCACCGCCAAUAAAGACCAGAAUACAACAGCCGGACUGGAUGAGCAAAGGAGAUGUUGCAAAGCUGAAUACGGAGUUACCCGAUGAAGAUAUUCUUUCAGUCGUUGAGCAUAUAAAAGAGGCCGCAUCUGAACACCUCUUGAGUUUGAAGCAAGUUGAAAUUGCGAAUACCCCAAUAGCAGACGCGUCGUUAGUCCGAGUCUGGUUCUACUUCCCCUCCAUCAGCACAAGGGCAAAGCGAGAUGAUCUCGUCAACUAUGCACCGACCUACGGACUCACUGGCUUUCUCUUAGCUGGCAAGCCAGGUAUCCUGUGUCUGGAAGGAGGAUCAGUCGCGGUUGAUGACUUUAUGAAGUUCAUCAAGACAGAGAGCUGGGGCGACAUUCCCGCGCAUCACAAAAAGGUCAGCGAGCGAUAUCGAGAGGAGGUAGCGGAUCUGAAGCGUGCCUUUUCGGACAUGCAAGAGAUCACGGAUAUGAUUGAGAAGAGAGGAGCGAGAGGGAAUCGUGGUGACAUGAAGGCUUUGGAAGCAUGGCUGAUUGAGUGCGGGCUUGGUGAAGCGUUCGGUAAGAUCCUGAUGUAAAUAUCAGCUCUCGAAAAGGCAGCUAUAGAAUGCAAGAGACAUGAAUGAAUCAGGACAGACUCUGGCCCAGGCUGAACGUUGAGAGGCUCAACCCAGCGGCUUGCUCUUUGUAUUUCAUUCUCUGCCCUCUGGAUCGCGAACAAUUUAUUGCAGACGGCCUGAUUCUGCUAUUGUGAUAAAGGAAAAGGCAAGGAAAUGGUUGGCUACUUCAACUUCGUGAGCUGUUCCGGUUCGGAUUUGUUGUAAAGUUACCUUGAUAUCUUUAGUCUUGGUUCAAAAAUGCAUGAC